AUGUAUCAAGAAGUAAUCACCACCGCAGUUGGAUUACUGGACAGUAUUGCAACCCCUAUCAGUACGAUCGCAAACAACCUUGAAGCCAAUAGACUCGACAGGAUAAGCUUCCAAAAAUACCUUUGGGACUACGCUGAUCGCGCUGCGCUUGAUGGCGAACUCAUCCACGCCGCGAGGCAAAACUUUCGAUGCGCCAACCGUGCCCUGUUUCUAGCUCAGGCCCAUAUGGAGUUGAUAUGCUGGCUGGCAGAUAACAACUACACUAUCUCGUCGACGUCCGUUAAAUGGUACAGUUGGAAGAAGAUCCUCGGGAAAUACCGCCUGCCCUUACUAGUCUCGUCGCAAACGUCCCGUUUAAAAAACCAUCUGCGGGAGAUCAAGAAGGCAGCAGAUCAAUUAUAUACAGACCUUGAAGACAACAUGGUCAGUCCCGUCUCAUUGGUCUUUUGGACGUGA